UAUACGAAACAAACUUGCUUAUCUAAUGAACGUCAAACUAGCAGAAAGACGGUACUUUAGCAAGGAGGAGUAAAGACGACGGUAGAGAACUGGGAAACAGAAGGGGGAUAAAAUAGGCCACGCGGACCCUAAUUUAAGAUCGAAUGGCAAUUGCGAACUGAAUCAACUGUUUAUUAUUUUGUAGAUUAUAUAUCAGCUACAAAUAACAAUUUAUUAUUUCAAGGAAAACUAUCUAAUAAAUUUAGUCGAUAACGUUAUAUCACAAGAACACGUUAUAUUUCAAGUAUUUUGUUCUACGAUCUUUUACCGAAAUGAAAAUUUUUCAAAAUAUUGCGCUCUAUAUAGAACGUGCACUUGAAAAUAGCUUUAAAUUGCACAUCGUGCGAUUAAUGGACGAAAAUUUGAAUUAUUAAUAUCUCCCUCUCUGUUUGUAUACAUAUAGAUAUGUGUACUUUUUGAAAUUCUCUCUGCUUUGUUUACGGGCAAAUGUAAUGAUAAAAUGGCAACGGAGAAGGAUUUGAUUAAUGCAGUCAGAGAAUCACUUAAAGCUGAUGGAGAGCUUGGUCGUAUAAAAGCUGAAAUGCGUACAGAAGUCAUAAAAUUGUUAGAUAAUUCAAACAAAGAAAAUAAAACAAAGCUUCCAAAACCACCUUUAGACAUUGUAUUUUUAAACGAACUUAUUCGAGAAUAUUUAGAUUGGAUGGGAUAUAAGUACAGCUCAACUGUAUUUAUUUCAGAAUGUGAUUUGUCAAAGCAACCACUUGAUAGGCUUUUGCUUUUGCAAAGUUUGGGACUGAAGGAAAGUGAAAAUAGUACAAAAUUGCCAUUGCUGUGUAGUAUUAUAGAAACAUUUAAAAAUUUUAAAAAUACAUAAAUAUA